AUGUCUUCCAUCCAGAAACCGGGUGGCGUCAAGCGGCGUGCAUGUGUCAAUUGCACCGUGGGAAAAGCCAAGUGCUCGCCGCACUCAAAUGACAUCUGCGAGAGAUGCCAUCGGCUUGGCAAAGAGUGUAUCUAUCUGAACGUAGCAGACAAGAGAAAAAGCCCUGGGAGCAAUUCACGCGUGAAGCUUCUUGAGAAGCGGGUCGAAGGCUUGGUGUCACUUCUCACAAACCCAUCACAGCAAUCCACUGCAUCCCCUGAUCCGUUGACCCAAACAUCUGGUCUAGAACCCCAACCUCAGCAGUCAUCCUUGGCCCUCCGAGACCCCCAGUCACAGCCUUAUAGUACCCCUUCUGUUUCAAGCGUUGGUGUCGCAUCCCUUGCCCAGCUCUCUCCCCCGACGUCUGAUGCUGGUAGUGCGUUGGGAACCAGAGCACCCGAUGUUGUGGAUAGAGGUCUCAUGAGUGCCGAAGUAGCACACGAAGUCCUCCAAACCUUCCGAAACAAGGCCAUCAGCCAUUUCCCAUUCGUUGUUCUUCCUCAUCAUGCCAAUCUCCACUCCGUCCGAAGAGAUAGCCCCUUUCUGUUCCUCUGCAUAAUGGCCACCAUGAUGGUCAAGGAUUGCACGCUGCAGCGGCAGCUGGGAGAGGAGAUAAGAACCCAGGCUUAUCAGAGGAUCAUGAUGGGCCGAGAGAAGAGUAUGGACUUGCUGCAGGGGCUCUUGGUCCAUGUCGCCUGGUACCAGUAUCAGCUGCAGCCACAGAAACAGCAAAUGUUGCUAAUGACCCAGCUCUGCGUCAAUCUCGUUUACGAGCUUGGGAUCGAGAAAUGUCCUCGAGCGAGAAAUCAAAAUGCGACUGCCGGUAUUUUCAGCCCUUCAGACAAUCAAGCCACCCUCGACACCAUCGAGGUUCGAGCAUUAUUAGGCACAUACUACUUGGCUGCAACAUUUACCACGAAGCUUAAAAAAAGAAGUCUAAUGCCACAUACCAAGUAUAUGAAACAAGCCAGCCGGUGGUUAUCUGAACGGAGGGAGUAUCCCACCGAUGAGCUCAUCCCACACUUGGUAGAUAUACAGGAGCUUUCAAGACGGAUACACGACACUUUUUCUUUUGACAAUCCAGGGAACAUUGAUUCGGUGGCAGGCUCUGUCACUGAGUCGAUGACCAGAUGUUAUCUUGCAGAAAUUGACGCCUUCCAGUUUUCAAUCCCUCAAGUCUUAAUGCAAAAUGCCCUAGAGUUCCCCGCCAUACGUGCGAUGAUCCAAGAAAGCGCGCUGUUUGAUGAACUCUGGUGUGGUUCUGAUGCCUCUACAAUUAGGCCAGCUUCUGUAAUCCCGGCAGCUCGGACCAAUCUGACCUGGGACUCAAUGCAGAGCUAUAAGAUGCUCAUCAAGGGCCUCGUGGAAUACCCCAAUGAAGACGCCUUCUACCUCACAUUCUCCACCUUCUCGAAGCUGUGCUCUGUUCUCUCAUGGCUUGCCAAGCUUGUGAAUAUUGCGCUUGGUCCUCCCAAGAGCAGCGCAGAUGUCCCCAGCGAUUCGUCAAUGGCACAACCUGCUUCCCACCCCUGGGCAGUCAUGGUCGCGGGGGACGUGGAGCUGCGGAAUCUAGUCAGGCAGGCCCAACACAAGCUCAACUGUAUGUCAGCUGAUAUCUCGAGCGAAUCGGCCGAGCCGGAUUCCAUGACGACGUUUUCGAUCCUCGUCGGGAGCGCACUUUCAGUUUACGAUAAGCAGCUGCAGGAAUAUCAGAGGUCUUCACAGCAACAAGCGCCCGCGGAACCUCUGCUCAACCAGACCAUACCAGCCGGAGCCGAGGUUGGCGAAUUUCCUGAACUUUGUCCAGUGCUGCCUCCUGAUGCUGCAACCUUGGACUUCUUCGGGAACCUGAUGCCCCAGUUCUGGGACGACAAUGCUGGCUUUCAGCUUGAUGCGUUCCAGGACAUGAUCUGGGAUAGAUUCCUCGACGAUGCGAUACUACUCCCUUGA